GCGAGUAGGGCAACCAUGUCUGGCAGAGGCAAGGGCGGGAAGGGGCUCGGCAAGGGAGGCGCCAAGCGCCACCGCAAGGUGCUGCGCGACAACAUCCAGGGCAUCACCAAGCCGGCCAUCCGCCGCCUGGCUCGGCGCGGCGGCGUGAAGCGCAUCUCGGGGCUCAUCUACGAGGAGACGCGCGGCGUGCUGAAGGUGUUCCUGGAGAACGUGAUCCGCGACGCUGUCACCUACACCGAGCAUGCUAAGAGGAAGACGGUGACGGCUAUGGACGUGGUCUAUGCUCUCAAGCGCCAGGGACGCACCCUCUACGGCUUCGGCGGUUAAACUCGAACUUCAAACUUCACACUGUCAGAACACCAAGGCUCUUUUCAGAGCCACCCACAAAUUUCACUACGAGAGCUGUUUAUUACUGCAAAAAAAAAUAUGCAAAAGCAAAGUUCAUAUGUCAAAGUCAUGCAAUGUUUCAUACUUCAAGCAAUGUACAUUAAUUACUAUGUAUGCAAAGACUUGAUUCAUAAAUCUGUGAAAA